AUGUCAACUGCUGUGCUUUCCUUUAUCCGAGGAAUAGACUUUUCUAGAAAUGAUUUCUCCGGCGAUCGUUUUCCACACGCCGUCGAGCAAAUGACUCAAAUGACAUGGUUAAAGUUGAAUCGAGCGAAGUUGGAACGAGUGCCAGAUGAACUUUCUCGGUGUACAAAUCUUGAACAUUUGCAAAUGUCAAGGAAUUCCUUAUCCAGUGUUCAUGGCGAACUGUCUGAUCUUCCCAGACUGAGAUCUGUGAUAGUUCGACAUAACCAGGUCAAAACGGCUGGUAUUCCCACUGAUAUUUUCCGUAUGAAAGACCUGACCAUUAUUGACUUUUCACAUAACCAACUACGAGAAGUUCCUCCAAACCUGGAAUAUGCCCGAGGUGCUAUAGUUCUUAACUUAAGUCACAACAACAUCGAGAACAUUCCGAACCAGGUAUUCUCGAAUCUGAUUGAUCUAUUGUUCUUGGAUUUGUCCAACAACAAAUUGGAUAUGUUGCCCCCUCAAAUACGAAGGCUUACUAUGCUGCAGGAGUUGAAACUGUCAAAUAAUCCUCUCCAUCAUUUUCAACUGAAACAACUGCCCAGCAUGACAUCACUGCGAGUCCUACACAUGCGUAACACCAAUCGUACCCUCGAAAACAUUCCUCCUUCCCUAGAUGAUUUAGAGAAUCUCAGAGACAUCGAUUUUGCUGAAAAUAAUCUCCCUGCCAUACCAGAAGCUUUGUUCAAGCUGAAAAACUUGAGGAAG